AUGGUUGAUGAUAACAAUGUUGGAUAUAAUUCAGAUACGGACUUAAUACUAAAUAUCAAUAGUAAAAUUUCAUUCAAUAACAAUGUAUUUGAUUCAAAUGUAACUACCACAGAAACUAAUCACAGUUCCAUAUAUAAACUACCCAGUGAUAUUCUAUUACAAAUUUGUUCCUAUUUGCAACAAUAUGAUUUAGUUAAUUUAUGUUUAUCGAGCAAGAUCUGGUCCUUUCCUGCAACUAGUACAUUAUAUUCAAAAAUCAUAGUUAAUGAUGAUUCAAAUGCUUUAAAAACUAUACGGAAAGUUAUAACAAAAUACACUAGUAAUUUUGGCACCCUAAUAUCGAUCACAAAAUUUCAAAGACUACUAUAUUCAAUUAAUAAUAAUCCAAGUUUGGGUAGACUAUUGAAAAGUUUAAUAUUAAAUGUCAAUGAUGAGACAAUGAACCUACUAAUAUUAACUACAAAUUUAUCAGCGGGAAGUAACAUAGUUUCAAAUAAUAUAGGUAACGAUAAUUGUGAUUAUUCAAUUAUACCAUUAUCACCAAACACACCAUGCUCAAGACCACAAUCACCACUAUCCCCAACUUCAAAAAAAUCCUCAACUUCAUUAUCAUCAGUAGUAUCAUCAGGAUCUGGAGUAAAAGAUUACGCAAUUAAAUUAAACAGUCUUAUUGCGCCAAAUAUACCGAUAACAUACUUUUUAAACAAUUUGAACCAAUUUAAUUUGUCAUCGAUUACAAUGCUUUCUAUAUCAAUUAAAGAUUUAUCAAUAUCAGAUCCUACAUUACUACAUUUCCAAAAUUUGCAAAAAUUGAAAUUAUAUUAUGAUGAUAAUGAACAAAAUUCAGCAAAUUUAAGUAAACUUGGGGAAACUUUAAUGUUAAAUGGCUCAUUGUCAAAUCUUAGAGAGCUAGAAUUUGUCGAGCAAGUGAUUAAUGAUAGAAUAACAAUGUUAAAUAUUAUAAAUGACUUAACUAACUCAAAUUUUUUAAAUUUACCAACUUGGUUAUAUUUUUUUCAAUCACUAUCUACUACACACUCAAGUUCAAAAUUACUAUUAGAUUCUUUGGCCAUUGAAGGUUUCAUUGGUAAUAAAUCAAUCGAGUGUGUUGAUAUGUUAUCACAAUCAAUAGACUUAUCAUAUUUAGCUAACCUACAAUUAAAAAUGAAAGAAUCAACUCAUACAAAUACAUUUCAUAAUGAAUUCACUACUACAUCAAAACAAUUCCUAAAUUUACUCACUCAAAAGACAUCAUCAUUAGUAAGUUUAGCAAUAAAUCCUACAUUUGAUUGUUUGAAUUGUCAACAUCAAUCAAUCAUUCAAACAAUUCAAUAUAAUUUACCAAAUCAAUUAAAAAAUUUAUCAGUAGUUUUUGAAUCACCAAGUGUUACAAUAUCACAAAAUAUAAAUGAUACAAUAUGUAAAUAUCAACAAAAUUUAGAAAGAUUAUUAGUCAAUGAUAAAUCUACAGAAAUUACAGAUAGAUCAUUAUUAUUUAAAUGUAUAAAUUCAAAUCAAAAUUUAUUAAAUUUAUAUGAUCAUGGUUUAAUUUAUGAAAAAUUAAUUAAAAAUUCAUUAUUUAAUGAUGUUUGGUUACAAGAUUUUUUAAAAUUAGAUGAAGAAUUUAUUAUAAAUGAUCAAAUGAUUUCUUUCAUUAAUAAAUCAAGUGGGAAAGGUUUAAAUGAAUAUUUAUGGUAUUUUUUACAUUUUGCUUUUAGUCCAAUUGUAUCAAGUAAAAUUAAAUUGAUUGGGAAUUUACCAAAUUUAAAAAAUUUAAAUGUCUUAGGGUUGAGUUUAGUAAUCAACGAUUCAAAUAAAAAAUUGAUAAACAAUUACAAUAAUUUUCAUCCAUAUAAUCAAAAGGCAUUACAAGAAAUUUAUUACGUUGCUAAUGGGAAAUAUAUUUCUUCGGGAUUAACAUUCAAGAAAUAA